AUGCAUAUAACAUCGGGUCUUUCGCCGGCGUCCGGUGAGAUGCUGGAUACUUCUGCCAUCGACUUCUACGGAGAUGCAGGAGAUCAGUGCGGCGUCACGUACUUCGCGGUCGACCAUACCGUACCAGAAUCAUCGCACACCGUUGAAAUCGAAUAUGUAUACGAGCAACCGGAGAUUUACACUCGAAAUGAUACCGCUAUGGACACUAGUAUAUUACCAGAGGACACAUCAACCACGAAACAAGUAUCCGAAGACCAUGAUAGAAUAGAUAAAAAAAUUAAAACUAAACAGAAACCGGAAAAGAAUCCUGUCGAAGACAACGAGACAGAUUUGACUAAUUUAACAUGGCUUCAAAAUAUAACGAACAUAAUGUCAGUACCUCAGUUUCCUAUAUUACCGAUGUCACCAAAUCCACCGGUAAAAGUGCCGCCACAGAAUACGAGACUCCAGAAGUUUAACCAAACUAUCGCGAAGUGCCAGAAGGACUUCACCGAAAAUAAAGAAGAGUACCUGACAAACAGUGAGAAGAAACCACCAUACUCCUACAGCACGCUCAUUUGCAUGGCGAUGAGAUACAACAACGAUAAGAUGACUCUUUCUGCGAUAUAUUCCUGGAUAAGGGACAAUUUCAAGUACUACAGAAACGCUGAUCCCACCUGGCAGAACUCAAUCAGACAUAACUUAUCACUAAAUAAAGUAUUUGUGAAAGAGGCCCGAUCGAAACAUGAACCAGGCAAAGGGGGAUUUUGGAAACUAGAUUUGGCUCAUCUAGAAGGUACUAAACGUAUAUCCAACAGACCGCAGAAGAAAAAUAAAAGUAACGCUGCAGCAGAGGUUAAAGAAAGUCACAGUGAAGACAAAGUAGCUGUAGCUAAUAUACCUCAAGUGAAACCUAUUGAAAUAAUCGACAGUAUGACGACUAAUAUUGAUAAUUCUGUGACAUUGCAUCUCCCUGAUUUUAACAUAAGCGGUCUACAAUCUAUAUCGGGACUGGAAAUGGAAACUAAUAUAGGAGCUAAUGUGAUAGUGGAGCCUGUAGCGCCACCCCCGCUUAUACCAGAGGACGAUUUGUCGUCACUACUUCUCAACCCAACGGAUUGGGACGAUCUUCAGUUGGACAUGCUGGACAACUACCUGGAUUCGUGUUUCAAGUAA